AUGUCCUUUUUGCCAGAUUCUUCGCCUGAGAUGCUUCUAGCGUCUCUGGACCGUCCCCAACCACCUGAAGUCAGGGCGUAUGUGGCAGCAAUGUACGUGGCCGGCCCAGACAAGGCCAAGUUGCUGGUGGGUUGGGAGGGACCUCACCUACCUUUCUACGUCUGCGUUCCCACGGCCGAGCUUCAGGAAGUAUCGCCCAUCCUUGAAGCGGACGGGAUUCGCGCCACCAACCUCCCUCCACAAUUCCCACAAUAUACAAUCGAAUUUCAACAGCAGGAAGGUCAGGCCGUGGUGGUGUUUGGGCUAUGGCUGGGCCUGCACAACGCCUCCGACGCUGCUAUCUAUGCAAAUUUGGACGACAUGAUUCGAUUCAAGUUCGAGGACAUCCUGGGCAUGUUCUUCGACUGCUGGCAAAUCGCCGAGCGACUCGACUGUCCACCAUUCAAAAACUACAUCGUCACCACCAUGAUUCAAAUGUCCGAGGACGACUUCGACUUCCUCAUUUACGAAACCAACCGUUUCGCCCGCAUGGGCUAUUCUGGGAGUGCCAUGGUCAACGCCAUGGUCGAGAACAUGGCUUUUUUGUACGUCAAACACGAGCUCGACCUCGAAAUCAUACUCCAUGACUGGCAACGCCACGCGGGGCUCAUGGACGCCAGUCCUCCCCUCCUCACCGAUUUUCUGCUUGCGGUCGAAGACUUGAAGGGUCUCAAGGACAGAGAGUUGCCGUACCAUCCCCUCCACCGGAUUUGUUGGAAGUGGCAUAUGCACAAGGACAUGGAGGAGCGAGAAGCGUGUCGCGACUUUGACGCGGGGAACGAUGCUAUGCUGGAUCGGAGUGAUUAUGAUGAUGAUGACGGUGAUGGUAACGGUGAUGCUGAGCCGAAAUUCUAUGAAGGCUGGGCGCAGGAGAAUAUGGAACGUCGUCGCACACAGGGUCAGGGAUCUGGACCUGGGCCGAGGGGAGAGAAACGAGAUGCCGAGUCGGCUGGGUUAGAUGAUGGUGAUGAUGAUGGGGUUGGUCAGGAGAACGAGGAAAGACGAGUUCGAAGACGUGCGUGA